AUGAUGUUUUUUUACUUCUCAAUUUCUCAAGAUUUUGCUAACAAGAGAGAAGGGAUUUUUACUGCUUCAUGAUUCAAAUGACAAUGUAAGUUAAUCUAAUCUCUUAUGGUCUCUUUUUAAUUUUUGUUAUAGUGUCUUUUUUUGAAGAGGCUAUUUGUUAUACUAAAAAAAGCACUUAGACAACAAGAAUUGGUUUGGUGUUACAAGAAAAAAACAAAACCUUCAAUUAGGCAACAAUAACUGGUUUGGUGUUAGAGGGUGUAUAUAUGUAUCAUUAUCCUUUUCAGGUGCACAUAUGUGUCAUGUGAAUAAUAUCUCAAAAUACUUUAGGCGCCCAUUGUCACAUCCUUAUGUUGUUCUUUUUUGUUAAUGUAGGCUUUGUAUUUCUCUGUUCUAUUUAAGAAGCAGCUGCUAGAACACUAUUCAAGUAUCAAAAACUUUGUUAAUGCACAUGAAAGUCUCUUGACAUGGAGAUUUAUUUAUGCAAGUAAUGCUUGAUGCCCUUUGAUAAAUUACUUAUAUUUUUGGGUUUAGUGUCAAAACUAUUACUUAUUAAUACAUCUUUCCUAAUGAUUUUGUCAAUUACUAAUUUUCUUUUCAUUAAUAGAACAACUUUUAGAAAAACAUUGUAGUCUCUCACUAUUUUUUUCCAUCUAUUGGAACUAGCUUUUGGCCAAAGUCAUUGGUUUAAUUUGAUCUAUGACAAUGAUAUGGUCACUUAGUUUUUGCAAGAGUAGUUAAGAGUAGUUGCUUGAUUUUGGGUGUUUGAAUAUUGAUUUUGGCACAAGUUUCUACUCAUGAGUUUUAGUUAUGGCUAUGGCAAAGGCAAAUAUCGGUCUUGACUAAUGGUGAUAGCAACUAGCUUGGUUUGCUUUGAUGCUGGUUUCUUUAGUGCCCAAUUGGGUAGGGUAUGUUUUUGUAAAAACAGGUCAAGUUUAUUGACUUCAAGAAGGAUUUUAGUUUUACUUUGUUCAUUAGCUUAGAUUGUUUUUUAAUAAGACCAAGACUCUUAGGAGACUUUGUCAUGAUACGGUAUUUGACUUAUUGAUUAGGGAAAAGUUUUAUUGCUUUUCUUUUCCUCAACCCGCAAUGGAGUUCUGGGGUGUUGAGGUUAAAAGUGGACAAAAUCUUCCCGUGUAUCCUGGAGAUAUCCAGGUCAUACAUAUUUCACAGGCUAAUAUUGGUGAGCUUAAGAAAGAAAAGGGAGGUGAAUCCCUUUCCUUGUAUGUGACUGUUGAUGGGAAGAAACUUGUUCUUUCUACUCUCCACACAGAGAAGCUCCCUCAGCAGCAAUUUGACUUGAUUUUUGAUAGAAGAUUUGAACUAUCACACAACUGGAAAAAUGGAAGUGUCUUCUUUUAUGGAUACAGGGCUGUUAAACCUGGCGCAUAUCCUUUAUUAUAAUUUUCUUAGCUUUUGUUGUUGAGUUUUGCAAUGGCAUUUUAACGUUCUGUUUUAAACUAUGUUUUGUUAAAACCUUAACAUGUUCUCUUUUGUGCUCACUGAGUCUGAUGAUGAAUUAGAUAGUGAUGAACUUGAUGCAUUCAUUGAGACAUAUCACCAGCCAGAGAUUAAGACACCUGCCAUACCAGAAAAAGAAAGUGCUGCCAAGGAAUCUGCUGCUGCACAAGAAAAGGAAAGUGCUGCUAAGGAAUCUGCUGGCAAGAAGAAGGUGAAAAUAUCUGAACCAAAGAAAGUACAGGAGGAAGGCGAAGAUGAUGAAAGCAGUGAUGAAGAUGAAGACAUGGAUGCUGACGAUGAUGAUUCCGAUCUUGAGUUAGAUUCGGAUGAAGAUGAAAGUGAUUCUGAAGAUGAAGAAUCAGAGGAUGAAGAGACUCCAAAGAAGGUUCAAAGUGGGAAGAAGAAGCCUGCAGAAUCUAAAAAGACAGAUGAGGAAUCGGAGGAUGAAGAGACCCCAAAGAAGGUCCAAAGUGGCAAGAAGAAGCCUGCAGAUUCUAAAAAGAAAUCUGCUGUCCCCGCAAAGAAGGAUGAAGAUGAAAGUGAUUCUGAAGAUGAGGAGUCUGAGGAGGAAGAGACCCCAAAGAAGGUCCAAAGUGGCAAGAAGAGGGCUGCGGAAUCUUCAAAGAAAACUCCUGCAAAGAAGGUGAAGCUUGCCACUCCUCAGAAAACUGAUGGGAAGAAAAGCAAUGAUCAUGUGGCUACACCACACCCUUCUAAGAAAUCUGGGAAGGCAGCCGGUAAACAGACCCCAAAAUCAGCAGGCACUCAUAAGUGCCAGAAAUGUGAUAGGGCAUUUGCUACUGAAGCUGGUCUGGGUUCCCACACAAAAGACAAGCACGGAGCAGGAAAGUAAAUUGGACUCCCCCUAGAGAGAUGAUACGAGUAAUAGGUAGCUGCUUGCCUUGUUUUCUAGGCAACUUUCUUUGAUCAUGAGGCUCCAAUGUUAACGGAGAGAGCAGUCUAGUAGUAUGUUUUUUUGGAUUCAGUACUCUUUUAUUUACACUCAGAUGUGUUUUGUUUUUUUGGAUGGUUAUCAAUUUCUAUGUGUGAACAACCAAUUAUUCUCGACGGGUUUUGGAUGUUCUU